AUGGUAGUAAAUGGCCAAAUCCUUCGCGAUGGUCAACCGCCUCUUCGUGGCGCGGGGGUGACUCUGGAUGUUGAACUGCAAAGUAAAGCGGAGCUAAGAGUAGGCUGUACCAGAAGCCCUACCGCUUGGCUGAUUAACUCGCCAAGUGGUUCGCUGAUCCAUAUAGGUCAGCGAUUGCCUCUGCAUGUAAUAGGAAAAGAUGCCCUGCACACUGGAUCACAUCUCCGUUGGAUGUCAUCAGAGCAGUGUCAGGUUGCACAGGACGCCAUGGUUUCGGACCAAAAGGACACGUCAACAGUCUCCACCAACACCGAACUCCACGUCCUUCUCGAAGCUGCAAGGCUCAUCAACUAUCACGUAAUCGCCUUGCAGGAAAUAAAAUCAAGGAGGACGGACGUGAAGCAGCUGAGUGAUGACACACUCAGCUGCUUCACGUCCGUCCUCCUUGGAUCACAUCAUUCGUGGCGAAAAAUAUUCAUCACGGAACGUCGGAGUUGUGGAUUUUUCGUACAACCAUCUGUUGUCCAUCUUGUCGAUUCGCAAGGAUCCUAUAACCUCGCCUGGCUAUCCUUCGACUCCGUCCACUGCAUCAGAAGAAAAUUAGUAUCAUCAGCUGCUAUUUUUCAACAUCAGAGCUAA